AUGUCUACUGUUAAAGCUUCCAACUGGAGAUCCGUUGAAUUAGGUCGUAUUGUCUUAGUUGACAACAAGGAAUUAGCUACCAUCGUUGAAAUUAUUGACCACAAGAGAGUCUUAAUUGAUGGUCCAAAGAUCCAAAGACAAUCUAUUGCUUUAGCCAAGGUUGUCUUAACCCCAAUCGUCUUAUCUAAAUUGCCAAGAGGUGCUAGAACUGCCACCGUCCAAAAGAAAUGGACUGCUGCUGAAAUCGAUACCAAAUGGGCUUCUACUUCUUGGGCUAAGAAGUUAGCUUCUAAGGAAAGAAGAUCUCAAUUAUCUGACUUCGAAAGAUUCCAAGUUUUAGUCUUAAAGAAACAAAGCAGAUAUGCUACCAAGAAGGCUUUAGCUAAGGCUUAA